AUUAACUCCCGCCGGAUUUGGGGAAACGCAUUCUCGAAGGAGGGAAACGAGAGAAGGGAAAGGUCGAGAGAGAGUGGGGAAGGCUAGGUUUGCUGAUGACUCCUUCCGUCGGCCUCAAGAUGAAGUACGCUCUGUCGCUCUCUGCUUCUGCCAUGCAAAAGAGGAAGAAGAAGUGAAGGACAAUGCUUGAGUUCUCUACAUCUGGACACAUAUACUCUCUCCCUAUCUCUCUCUCUUUCUCUGCGUCUGGGAAAACUGUAGGCAGACUAAUCCUUUUGCUUUGUACUUUGCUAUUUCAGGUUAUGAUUUCUAUUACUGCGUGUUUCCCAAAUUGGUUUUCUGUCAUCGUAUUCUUUGUUUCUGCAGUAAGGAAAGUGCAACAAAAGCCUCUGUAGUCGACAUCUCCGAGGAAGAUCACCAGCAAUAAUCUCUGUAGCUAGCUAUGGCUUAAGCCGUCGAUGCCGGACGAGCUCUAAGUCCAACCUUAUAUAUAGCAAGCGACUGAAGCUUUUGCCUCUCCAAGAUUGCCGGAAUAGUGGACGAUUCUCCAGAUACAGGUGCUACCUUCUCUUUGACCCGUCUGAAGGUUGAGGCGAAGGAAGAUAAACGUAUAACAGCUUGGCUUUCUAUUUUGUUUUUCGUGUUCCAUUGGAAUAUGAUUAGUGUGGGUAGAAACAUAUAGUUUAAAUAGACUUUAUUAAUUUUUUAUGGCAUUAGUUUUGAUGAAGUUUUCCUUGCUAGUAUUUGGUCGUUUAAUUUUGUAUCCUCAUAUUGAGAAAGGGUCUGCUUUUACAUUUUUUGUAGUCAUCUUAAGUGUUCUAUGUCUUGCUUGGUGCGACUAUUUUGACUAGUAUGUAUUUAUUUAUCCAUAAAUCUGGACAGUCUACUGCAUUGGUGAACAAUUAUCACAUUAAUGAAUUUUUUCUCAUUCAUGCUGUGUCACUCAUUCAAGGAUGCAGGGGUUUUAGAUUGUCUUGCAUGAUGUGGCUGUUUUGACUAGCAUGUAUUUAUCUAUCCAUAAAUCUAGACAGUUUCCUGCAUUGGUGAACAAUUAUUGCAUUAAUGAUUUUUUUUUAUUCAUGCUGUGGCUGCUGGGGGGUUUUGACUUGCUCCCCUUUGAUUGAGGCUUUGUUUUUUAAUCCAGUUCUUUCCUAGACCAAUCUCAUAGCUGUUUUUUUUUUUUUUGAGGCAUUGCAGAUAGUGUGCUUAAUUUUUAUCUUCUUUUACAUGUUUGCCAUAUUCCAUUGUCAUUAUUUUCUUGUAUUCACAUUCACGACUAAUCAUCGUUGUUGUCUUUGUGUCCUUGAUAUUCUUUUUUAGCUUUUCCCUUUCCCCCUUCUUGGUUCUGGUUCCGCCCUAUGCUUGGCUGGGAAAUUUCUUUUCCACAUUGGAGAACUUGGAGUGAGGGUUAGUUCAAAAUUUUGUCAUGAUUGUCAGGAUUCAAUGGACUGACAUACAAGAAGGGUAAUUCAGAUGUGACUUCUCAAAGAAACCAUAUUGGUGCAAGCUAUUUAUUUUCUGAAAAGCUUUGAGCCAGUAAUAUGAGCUUGUGUCAUGUCUGCCAAUGUGGUGAAACUUUCGAGGAAACUGCACAAUUGAAUGUUUCGCUAUGGCUACUAGGAUCUGGCCUUGCCAGCAUGCGUUGGAGGAAGAUCAUAGCUGUCUAUGAGUAUUUCUGUAAUGAGGACUCUAUCAAUGUUGAAGUUGGACAUUUGCUCUAGGAAGAGGUUUAAUGAUACUAAGCGAUUCCCAGUAUGGGCUAAGUUUCAAAAAAAUGGUCGUCAUAAUCCUCCCCUGGCGUCCGACAGGCGGCCCACAGUUCAACUUCCUUCAUUCUCUUAAACCCUGCCCGAUACAAAGUUUGGAAAGCCUUCUUUUUGCUUCUCGCGCUUCGGCUGCACAGUUCUCAUUCACAUAUCAUGCGGACCCAACCCCUCGACAGGAUGCCGCCGCUGCUUCCUUCGAGCUCGCGUCCUCCUAAGAUGGGAUGCUCCAUCAGGGUAGGGAGGAGGAGCAGUUGUGGUCGCAGGGACCGGUUGGCUCUGUGGAUGCCAGCGGUCCACUUCCCCGCCCGGUCUCCUCCGUGGAGUAGAGGGUCAGGAUGGGGCUUCUCGUCGUGUCCUUCCCGCGCCUCGGCAUCAUCUUCAUCUGCCCCAAAGAGCUACGCCACCUGGAGUAAAAACCAAGUUCAGGAUGAAGAAGAAGAAGGGAAGAGAUCAUCCUGCCCGGAGGGGCUGCAGACGGGAUCCCUACCGCAGCACGUGGCAGUCAUCAUGGACGGCAACUCGAGGUGGGCGCGGAGGAGGGGGCUGCCCGUGGCGGCGGGGCACGAGGCGGGAGUCAGGGCGCUGCAGGAGGUCGUAAGACUCUCGUGUGCCUGGGGAAUCCCCAUCCUCACCGUUUUCGCCUUCUCUAUGGACAAUUGGAACAGGCCUCAGGCAGAGGUCGAUAUCUUGAUGAGGUUAUUUCAAAGCGUACUUAGGAAUGAAGUUGCUACUUUGAAAAGAGAAGGGAUUCGGCUCUGUGUAGUGGGAGACAAGUCCAAGCUUCCAAAAUCCUUACAGAAGUUGGUGGGUGAAGUGGUGGAAAUGACAAAAGCAAACCAUCGCCUUAAAUUGGUUGUAGCAAUCAGCUACAGCGGCCGGAAUGAAAUCGUGCGAGCGUGCCAGAAGCUUGCCUCUAGAGUAAGAGAUGGGGAACUCUGGCCAUCAGAUAUCACGGAGUCGAUGUUUGAACGAGAGCUGGACAUGAGACUUGAAGGAGGCUACCCUGAUCCAGAUUUAGUUAUUCGGACUAGCGGAGAGCUGAGGUUGAGCAAUUUCUUUCUUUGGCAGUUAGCAUACUCCGAGCUUUUCUUCACAAAAACAUGUUGGCCUGAUUUUGGUGAGGCCGAAUACGCAGAGGCACUGCUUUCAUACCAAACACGGCAGAGACGAUUUGGCAGACGAGAUGAUGAAAUGCGAGGCAGGCGAUUUCUCAAGCAGAAGGAUGAAUCAAAUAGUGUUGCGCAAGGGGGGGCUAUUUGAAUGAGCUUCAGGGGGAUGAUGUUUGCUAGGUGCCUCGAUUGUCAGUAAAUGUGGGAAUCGUAGUAUCAGGCGCCCGCAAUAUGGCUAAGCCGGGUUAGAAUCUGGCUCGAGUGUUUUUUUCCUUUUGUUGUUCGCAGCGAAGAAACAUCUGCAACGCUUGAAAUAUGGACGGAUGCACUGGACGUCUCUAGCGGUUAUGUGGGCGUUGACUGCAGCAGCAGUCAUGAACCUCUCUGGAUUUUGGUAGCCAGAAACGGUCGGUCGUAUCCACCUUGCACUAGCGAGAGGAUGGUCACACUUGUUGACAGGACAGGAGGAGAUACGGGCGAGGGGGAAAGCAUGGCGGGACGGCAUAUAUCUAUAACUAUCAGCGGGACAGGAAGCACCGAAGCCUGCGUGUUUUGAUGAUAUACAUGACGUAGAGGUUAGCACCCUGACUACAAACAGGCGUAUCGGUCCAAAUCGAUGGUUUUCUGCUCCUGCUGGUUUCCCUUCAGGAAGAGACGAUUGGGGGCGGCCGUCAAAGAAGAAAGCGGGUCGGUUCGAAUCUGGCGAUGAGACCGGUUACUACGGAAACGUUGAGCCACCCUUGCGUUUUUCGUUGGUUUGUUCUCACAACACCGGUUGUCCUGCACUUUUGAAUCUUAUACAAAGAACUCACGAACCAUGAAAAGUAGGGGCGUCGGUUUUUCUGCAGGCGCCCGCGGUUUCAUCAUUAUCUAUGUGCGCUAACCCCCUUGCCGCCAAAAGCUUAAGAAAAUACCAUGGAAGUGCAAUGAGCUAACUUUAGAUGGGGUGGUAGUAAAGGGGGCUAUGGGCGGGUUGGUUGGUCAUGUAAACUGGUAAGGUAGGGAGAGGGCCCCGUGGAAUAAAUCAUAGGUGAGUAUUCUCUGCUGCCACUGUUUCUGUACUCA